AUGCGUUUUGCUACUUCUUUAAUCGGUACCGCCCGUUCUGCUGCCAAGUCGACCACUCAGUUCCAGGCACGUCCUUACGCCACACAGUCUGGCAAGAAGAGUGGUGGUAAUGGUCUUGUUUUGACUGCUUUGGCCGGUCUCGGCGUUGCUGGUGGUAUCUAUUAUAACCAGAAUCAAGCUACUGUAGCUCCCGCUGCCGUCGCAGCAGCUGCUGUUCCUGCUUCGCCUGCCUUUGACCCCAGCCAGUUCAAGGGUUUCAAGUUGCAAAAAAUCGAAAAGAUCAACCACAACACCAGCUUAUACCGUUUCGAUCUCGACUCUGAGAACCAUGUUGCCGAAUUGCCCGUUGCUUCAUGCGUCAUUACCCGCAAGCCAAUUACUAAGAAGGAUGGCUCCCCUGGUUUCAUUAUCCGCCCUUACACGCCUACCUCGGCCGAUGAUACCAAGGGCUAUGUUGACUUUAUUGUCAAGGAAUACCCUGAGGGUAAGAUGAGCAAGCACAUUGCUAACCUCAAGGUCGGCGACACUUUGGAGAUGAAGGGUCCCAUUCCCAAGUACAACUGGACCGAAGGUCGUGUUGACAACGUUGCCAUGAUUGCUGGUGGCACUGGUAUCACCCCCAUGCUUCAAGUCAUCCGCAAGGUCUUUGACAAGAAGUCCAACGAUGACAAGACCAAGAUUACCUUGAUUUUUGCCAACCAGACCGAGGAAGAUAUUUUGCUCAAGGAAGAAUUGGAUACUUAUGCCAAGGAGUACCCCGAGCGCUUCCAGGUCGUUUAUGCCUUGGACCGUCCUCCUAAGGAAUGGUCCGGUAUCACUGGCUUCGUCACUGCCGAUGCCAUCAAGAAAUACUUGCCUACUCCCGAGACCGAAAGCCUCAAGGUCUUCGUCUGUGGUCCCGACCCCAUGGUUGCUUCUCUCGCUGGCCCUAAGGCCAAGGAUAAGUCCCAGGGCGAGGUUAGCGGUAUUUUGAAGGAGCUUGGCUAUGGUCAAGACAAGGUUUACAAGUUCUAA